AUGGAGGAUCGCCAGCCGCACCACAUUUUGUCGCAAUUCGUUGUCGAGGAGCAAAGUUGCCAUAGCUUACCUACAAGACUCAGACCGACUACACCAGAUCUCAUUACCUUUUCCGUAUCAGCACUCAUGGCUCCGACGCUGAGAACCAGGGGCAAUGCGCAAGCCUCAAAGACUGUUGCUAGUACUGGAAGUAAGAGAAAACGAGACGGAGCAUCGGAUCCACCGAUGGAUCCUGUGCCAAAGAAAAGGGAAGGGAAGAAGACAGCAGACGCUGUUCCAGACAAACAAACAGCUGCCCAGAAAGCUGCUGCUGACGAGGCAAUCGUCAAGGAGUUCCGCAUCAAGUUCCAUCCGCUGAUCUUCCGCCCAGCGCAUCCAGGAGAUGUCCCCGAAGAACAUCAGACUAAGUUCAAGCAUAUUCAGCAACUGGGCAAGAUGAGUUACGAGUCGUACGCGAUACAACCUCGGCCCGACAUCAUCGACAGGCCAUGGGAGCUCGAGAACAAGCAGCGGGCAGACUGGAUAAUCUACAAAGCUGUGCGAUCGAGAGACGAUUACUCGAACGAGGAUACGUGGCGAUCGGCGAUUGAGGAUCUUAUCUUUCAACGAUUUGAGAUCGAAGUGGGAUGGUAUGUUACAUGCCGCGCUUGA